CUCCUGACAGCUAUUUAGCGACCCAGGCCGGCUAGGGUUUCCAAAAAAGUUAGAAUAACUUCCUCUCUCGGAGACCUCGGUUUUGCACGAGCCGGCCUCGAAAGAGCCCCGAGCCCGCGAGCGGCUCCAGAGCGCGCCCCGGCCCCACGCGCCCGGGCGGGCGCCAUGGAGGAGGGCUCGAGCUCGCCCGUGUCCCCCGUGGACAGCCUGGGCACCAGCGAGGAGGAGCUCGAGCGGCGGCCGAAGCGCUUCGGCAGGAAGCGGCGCUACAGCAAGAAGUCGAGCGAAGAUGGCAGCCCGACCCCGGGCAAGCGCGGCAAGAAGCCCAGCCCGAGCGCGCAGUCCUUCGAGGAGCUGCAGAGCCAGCGCAUCCUGGCCAACGUGCGCGAGCGCCAGCGCACGCAGUCGCUCAACGAGGCCUUCGCCGCGCUGCGCAAGAUCAUCCCCACGCUGCCCUCGGACAAGCUCAGCAAGAUCCAGACGCUGAAGCUGGCUGCCAGACUGACCCACACGUCUGAAGAACUGGCUCACCCACACGCCUCUGAACCUGGACCUCGCCAAGGCCCUGUGCACUCCGGCAGGUGCCCAGCGGGCCAGCGCGGGCUCCUCCCCAGAGACAGUCCCCAUGCUGGAGCGGCUCCUGGGCCUCUUGGCCAGCGACCUGCGCAUUGUCAUCUCGUCACCAUCUGGAUUUUUCUUCUGGGUUUUUUUAACGGGGUAGAUUUUAUUGUUUCUGAAAAAUCUCUAGAUCCAGGAAUGCAUUUAUGAGCAUUUGGAUUUGGAGUUGUACUUCCCUCUGAGUGCCUUCUUUGACGUGCAUUUUUUUAAUAAAACAGAAAUGUGUUCUUGUACAACCUGCUCCAACUGGACCAAGGCUAUCAGAACAGGACCCCAGUUCCCGCCCACCCCGACCUCCGCAUGAUGGUCUCAAGGAAGCCUGGAACCCCUCCUCACAGCCCUGUUUUGCCCCGAUUCUCCCAGCUCGCUCUUUUAUAUUCCCCGUGUCCAUGUAUAUGUUGCUUAUUUGUUUAUUUAUUGAGAUAUUUUUACAAGCCAAGUGCGCACCCCAUGGCUGUGUAUCCCACCCUGCCCAGAACAAUAAAGACACCCACAUGGCCCUGGUC